CAGGCACCAGAAAGUGACAGCUGCAUCAUUUAAGGUGGAACGGGAAAACUCACACAGGAAUGUGGUGAAUAGGAAGCCCAUCUUCAGCUCCGCCCUUCUUACUGUGUUCUGGGGGUUGAUUUUAUUGUUCUGUGUAUUGAGAUUAGAAGUGAUUCACUCACUGAUGGAUUUGCUGAUGUGUGUGAGUUGGUGUUUAACGUCAGGUGCAGACUGAAUACUGUCCUGCUGGUCCGGACGGAUAAUUAUCACCAUCCGUUAUUAAAGAUAUAGAAGCUACCGAGAGCAGCAGGGCAGCCCAGAUUAAUCUGAGUCUGAGGAUUAGAACUAAACAGAUUAGGUGAAAAUCAAUAAAGUAAUAAGGAAGUUGUGGCUGAUUUAAUCCUGAGACUCUUCGCCUCUUAAUACAAGUGAAUCUGUUCACAUGUGGAUCUUGACCUCUCCAACAUGGCGGACGUGCAGACGUAUGUGUAUCUUCUGAAAAGGCCAGAAUGAACUUUUUUAGAAUCAAGCUGUGAUAUUUUACUCCAGUUAAACGUUCUCAAAGCUAAAGGUAAGAUGUAAACAAAGUCAUUCAGGGUGGUUUGAUGUGAAAUGCUCUGUUCUAGAGAACCUGCAUAGACCACCGUAGUCCUGCGUCAUUCUGUGGUCCGCAUUAUGCCCGUAUUAGGAACUCCGGGUCCAAGCUCGAUUGUUCUAUGGCUAGAAUGAAUUGAACGUUUAGCAAAUGGUGGAGGUGAACAUGCACAGUGUUGUACGGCAAACUUUUCCCAAAAACUGAUUUUUUUUUUUCUUCCAGAUUUAUUACUUUACCAUCAUCAACAUUGCAUAUAAAAACAGGCUCACUGCUGGUUUGAAUAGGUCAUAGAAAUUCGUGUUGUGUACAUAGUCACCCCUGUUUCCCAUCAUCACCACUGUAAAGACGUCCAAAGUCGGGACGUUUCUCUACAGUGAAACCGCUCAACGAUUGAAGUAUGCAGAAAUUUUGUAAACACGGUGGAGUUCCCCUUUAAGGGCUGAAACGCAUGGACAUCCAUUUAGUCCUUCCAAAGCCCCGCCCCCAAGCCAGGGUAAGGGCUUGUCAACCUAAGCGCCUCGCUGUCAGUCAUUCAUUAGCCCCGCCUCCAGGGCAGGGCUGCAUGGGUACAACGUGUUGUCAGUCAUUCUUUAGCCCCGCCUCUCGCUGGGGCUGCGUGGGUAUAUCGUGCUGUCAGUCAUCCUGUAGCCCCGCCCCCGUCAAGGCUCUGUGGGUACAACGUUCUGUUAGUCAUUUUUUUAGCCCCGCCUCUAGCCGGGGCUGCAUGGAUACAUCGUGCUGUCAGUCAUCCCGUAGCCCCGCCCUCCAAGGGCUGGGCAGCCCACUGCAGUCCGCUGAUUUCUGUGUUUUGAUGACUUCAUCCUCAUUCUGCUCACUCGCUCUGAGAGCCUCGCCUCCGGCAAGCCGGUCAGAGGGAUAAACGGCGUGCUGAACUGAACUCUCUGUCUCUUCAAGCCUGCGACUGUGACGAGGAGCUGCAGUAUGGAAAUCUUCGGUGGGAUGUCGGCGAGGAUUCACCGCGAGCGGCUGCAUGCGGAGGGCGUGGGCUCUAACGAGCGAGCGCUGCAAAUCUUCAGCCAGGAUUACGAGGCUUUGAAGCAGGAGAGCCUGGAGAGCGGACGGCUGUUUGAGGACUCCUGCUUCCCCGCCCAGCCGCCGUCACUGGGCUUCAAAGAGCUCGCCCCCCACUCCUCCAAAACCCGUGGUGUGACGUGGAAGAGGCCCACAGAGCUCACAGAGAGUCCUCAGUUCAUAGUUGGUGGAGCCACACGGACAGACAUCUGCCAGGGAGCUCUGGGUGACUGCUGGUUGCUGGCCGCUAUAGCAUCUCUCACUCUAAAUGAGAAGCUCCUCCACAGAGUUGUGCCUCACGGUCAGAGCUUCACAGACGACUACGCCGGCAUCUUCCAUUUCCAGUUCUGGCAGUUUGGCGAGUGGGUGGACGUGGUCAUUGAUGACAGGCUGCCAGUGAAGGACGGGGAGCUGAUGUUUGUGCACUCGGCCGAGGGGAGCGAGUUCUGGAGCGCCCUGCUGGAGAAGGCCUACGCUAAACUCAAUGGAUCAUACGAGGCCCUGUCUGGAGGCUCCACCACCGAGGGCUUCGAAGACUUCACGGGUGGAGUGGCCGAGAUGUAUGAGCUGCGCAAGGCUCCCCGGGACCUGCAUCGCAUCAUCGCCAAAGCUCUGGAGAGAGGCUCGCUGUUGGGCUGCUCCAUCGAUAUUACUAGUGCCUUUGACAUGGAGGCGAUCACUUUCAAGAAGCUGGUGAAAGGCCACGCCUACUCUGUUACAGGUCUCACGGAGGUGAAUUUCCGUGGUAAUAGAGAAAGACUGAUCCGUGUCCGGAACCCUUGGGGGCAGGUCGAAUGGACAGGAGCCUGGAGUGACAAUUCUUCUGAAUGGAAUGCAAUCGAUCCUGCUGAAAAAGAGGAGAUGAACUCCAAAAUGGAGGAUGGAGAGUUCUGGAUGUCAUUUCAGGAGUUUAAGCGUCAGUUCUCACGGCUGGAAAUCUGUAAUCUGACGCCUGACGCUCUGAAUGAUGACAGCCUGAGUUACUGGAACACCAUCAAAUUUGAGGGUGGCUGGAGGAGAGGGAGCACGGCAGGAGGCUGCAGGAACCACGCCAACACGUUCUGGAUAAACCCGCAGUAUAAGAUCACCCUGCUGGAGGAGGAUGACGAUCCAGAAGAUGAUGAAAAGGCCUGCAGCUUCCUGGUGGCUCUGAUGCAGAAGGACCGUCGGCGCUACCGCAAGCAGGGCCAGGACAUGCACACCAUUGGCUUCGCUAUCUAUGAGGUCCCAGAGGAGUUCCAAGGUUGCCAGAGUGUGCACCUGAAGAAGGACUUUUUCCUGCGCCACUCUUCCUGUGCCCGUUCCGAGACCUUUAUCAACCUGCGGGAGGUGAGCUCACGACUCCGCCUGCCUCCGGGAGAGUACCUGAUUGUCCCUUCCACCUUCGAGCCUGGGAAAGAAGCUGAUUUCGUCCUCAGAGUCUUCACUGAGAAACAGUCCGAGACACAAGAGAUGGAUGAUGAUGUGUCAUUCAUCCUGGAUGAAGAGGGAGAAAUUACAGAGCAAGACAUCGAUGCUUCAUUCAGAGCCAUGUUCGCUCAGCUUUCUGGAGAGGAUAUGCAGAUCUCAGUCCAUGAGUUGAGGACCAUCCUGAACAGAGUUGUGGGCAAACACAGAGACUUAAAGACAGACGGUUUCAGUUUGGAGGCAUGCAGGUGUAUGGUGGCCCUCAUGGAUAAAGACGGAAGUGCUCGUCUGGGCUUGGUGGAGUUCCAGAUUCUGUGGAAUAAGAUCCGGAAGUGGCUGGGAAUUUUUCGGCAGUUUGAUCUGGACAAGUCAGGCACCAUGAGCUCCUAUGAGAUGCGUCUGGCCUUGGAAUCAGCUGGUUUUAAGCUCAACAACAAGCUGAACCAGGUGCUGGUGGCACGGUACGCCGACCAAGAGAUGAUCGACUUUGAUAACUUCAUCUGCUGCCUGGUCAAACUGGAGGCCAUGUUUAGAACCUUCCAGCAGCUGGACAGAGAUGGAACUGGACUGGCUGAGCUUAACCUCUCUGAAUGGCUGUACCUGACCAUGUGCGGCUGAGAGUGGGAUCGGCAGGGGGUCCACCCUUCGUCCUGGAGAUCGGACGGCUGGAGCAGCUGCAGCACUACAGUAGCUCCUCAAAGCUUUACUUUUGUUUAUCAUUCCAAUCCAAAGAUGCUUGUUCGACCCGGCACGGACCGCCUUAUCCACUUUAACAAUAUGUAAAGCCCCCUCAUACACCUUAGUAUGUUUUUGCUUCAUGCUUGAAAGAAUAUCCUAUCUAUGCAAAAUGCAAAGUGCUUAGACACUUAAAACCGUGCAAUAUGAUCACAGUGAGAGCUCUUUAGCUGAAUAUACGAGUACAUAAACAUUGCUGCAUGGCACUAAGAGGAAAUAAUCCAGCACUGUGACACUAACCUUAUUUUAAAGGGGUGUUCUCGUCUCGGAGACUGACGUUACUACAUUCCCUCAUAUCUGGAGUGGACUGGAUCUUACAGGUGUGAUUGAGUGGUCAUCUGAAAGAAGCAUACACUACGUCGGCCUUGUUUAGUGCAGGCUGUCAAUCUGUUGAGGAUGUUCUCUACAAAAACUAACAAGGAACAGGUUAUGAAUGUCAAGAUUUAGUUGAUGUCAUGAUGUGGAAAUAUGACCUCCCUGCUUUUGUCCAUAACUUAAAAAGGAAUUCCCCCAAUUUUUAAAGCUUCUGCAUAAUUCAUUUGUUGUAGCUCUACAUUUAGAGACUGUGCCUAUUAACCCUGUUCUUCAAUGGUCAGGACCCUCACAGAGCAGGUACUAUUUCGGUGGUGGGUCAUUCUCAGCACUGAUGUGGUGGUGGUGGUGUGUUAGUGUGUGUUGCGCUGGUGCGAGUGGAUC